AUGCGAAAAGCUGCAUUUGCCGUUUGCCAACGACUAUCCAACCAAUUACGACUAACCACACCUUCUCACCACCGUCAUCAUCCCCUGCUCUCAUCCACCACCAGCAUCAUGACUGCCACCGUCCGCAACGAUCCCAUAGUCCCCACUUCCCCACCAGCAGCAAAGCGUCUCAAAACCGACACCAACGUUCCUGAGGAGGCGACCUCUUCCUCUUCCACCACCACAACCACAACAAAAGACACCUCCACUACCGCAGAAGGAAACACCACGACCAAUUCCGCCACCAGAACCACAACAACAGCCACCACAAUGGCCGCCGAACCUGCUGCCGUCCCCUCCCUCCAAGUGAAGAAGUUGUCCUCCACCGCCCGGCUGCCCACACGGGGAUCUGCUUUCGCGGCGGGAUAUGAUCUUUAUGCGUCAAAGGACACGACUAUUCCUGCGAGGGGAAAGGCGCUGGUUGAUACGGAUAUUAGCAUUGCUGUUCCGGCUAAUACAUACGGGCGCAUCGCCCCCCGCUCCGGCCUGGCCGCGAAGCACUUUAUCGACACCGGCGCCGGUGUCAUCGACGCUGACUACCGCGGUCCGGUCAAGGUUCUCUUGUUCAACCAUGCCGAUUCCGACUUUGAGGUCAAGGAGGGGGAUCGGAUCGCGCAGCUGAUUGUGGAACGGAUUUUUACCCCCGAGGUGGUGGAGGUUCAGGAGUUGGAGGAGAGCGUGAGGGGGGCGGGGGGGUUUGGGAGUACGGGGGGUUUUGGGGCGGCUGCUGCUCCUGUCGUUAACUAG